UUAAGCUACUCGAGCCCGAGUCUCAAAUUCCAUCGAGCUUCCAAACUCAAGUACUUAGCGCUUCCUUUCGCCUCUUUCCCCCUUCAGGUACGCUUAUAUGGUUUUAGCUUCUUGUAGUUAUACUUGGAUUUUCCGAUUAGUUCUGUAUGUGAUCGUUAAACAAUGUCCCAGUUUCGGAUUUGUAAACCUAUGAAAUAUGCUUCUAGGGUUAGGAUUUUGUCAUCGAACCGAUAUUUCACUUCUUUUGGACAAUGUGACCCUUUGGUUUCCCGGAGUUACCAGUUUAGUCCUACUUCUGAUGUCCCAAACCGUCCAUUUUCGACCGGUCUGAUUAACCUAGUUCGUUGUAAAUUAUUUUCACAAAGCCCAAAAUUUACCUGCGGUAAAGCCCUUUAUGUGAAACCAUUCUCUUCCGCACACAACGACGAUGAGAAGGAUGAUAAUGGUGUAUGCGACACUACGAUAGUAGAGUCAGAAUGUGAGUUUGACGCGGAUGUUGGGAAAAGUGUUGAAUUGGCUGAUGAUGGGGACGCUGUAAAUGGGAAUGUUGUUAGUUAUUCUUUGGGGGUCGAAUUGCAAAAUGGAAGUAAUGAUGUGGGUUUGGAUACAAGCGGUGGUUAUGUGCAUGUUGCAUCCCGUGAUCCUGUUGAAUUAUAUCAUGAGCUGAGAAAUGCUGAGAAGCGUGCAAAGCAGACCCGGCCUGAUUGGGAGACGAUGCAGGAAGUAUUCAGUUACUUUGGAAAAUCUGGUUGGGCUUCCAAUCAGGCUCUCGCAAUUUACAUUGGUUUGUCGUUCUUUCCUACUGCUGCGCAGAAGUUUCGGAAGUUUUUCUUUGAGAAAUCUUCUACUGGUAUUUUUCAGUACGUGGUGACGCUCGGUCCAUCUGAUGCUGCUGUCAAGUUCCUAUUUCCUAUUUUUGUGGGGUAUUGUUUGGAGGAGUUUCCUGAUGAGAUUAAGCGGUUCCGGGGUAUGGUUGAGUCAGCUGACCUCACAAAGCCCCACACUUGGUUCCCAUUUGCACGGGCCAUGAAACGGAAGAUAAUAUAUCACUGUGGGCCGACCAAUAGUGGUAAAACUUACAAUGCUCUUCAACGGUUUAUGGAAGCGAAGAAGGGUAUCUAUUGUAGUCCUCUCAGGUUAUUGGCUAUGGAAGUCUUUGACAAGGUUAAUGCACUUGGGAUUUACUGUAGUCUACAGACAGGGCAAGAAAAGAAGUAUGUCCCCUUUUCAAACCAUAUUGCUUGUACCGUGGAAAUGGUUUCUACAGAUGACUUGUAUGAUGUAGCUGUUAUUGAUGAAAUUCAGAUGAUGUCAGAUCGAUAUAGAGGUUAUGGAUGGACACGGGCAUUACUUGGAUUGAAGGCCGAUGAGAUACAUUUAUGUGGGGAUCCGAGUGUUUUGAGUAUUGUUCGAAAGAUUUGUGCAGGUACUGGGGAUGAGUUGCAUGAACAUCAUUAUGAGAGGUUUAAGCCAUUGGUGGUUGAAGCCAAGACCCUGUUGGGAGAUCUUAAAAAUGUACGUUCUGGGGAUUGUGUGGUUGCUUUUUCAAGGAGAGAGAUAUUCGAGGUCAAAAUGGCAAUUGAGAAACACACCAAUCACCGCUGCUGUGUGAUUUAUGGUGCCUUGCCACCAGAAACUCGUAGACAUCAAGCUAAUCUAUUCAAUGAUCAAGAUAACGAAUUCGAUGUGCUUGUUGCUAGUGAUGCUGUGGGAAUGGGUCUGAACCUUAAUAUUAGAAGAGUUGUCUUUUAUAGCCUCUCAAAAUACAAUGGAGACAAGAUUGUUCCAGUUCCAGCAUCACAGGUGAAACAAAUUGCAGGAAGAGCUGGUCGUAGAGGAAGUCGCUAUCCAGACGGACUCACAACGACCUUGCAGUUAGAAGAUUUAGAUUACUUGAUUGAGUGCUUGAAGCAGCCUUUUGAAGAAGUAAAGAAAGUUGGUCUCUUUCCUUUCUUUGAGCAGGUUGAGCUAUUCGCUGGGCAACUCCCCAAUGUUACAUUCUGUCAGCUACUAGAGAAAUUUGGUGAAAAUUGCCGUUUGGACGGAUCAUACUUUUUGUGUCGACAUGAUCAUAUAAAGAAGGUUGCAAAUAUGCUGGAGAAGAAGGUGCAGGGAUUAUCUCUGGAAGAUCGUUUUAAUUUCUCUUUCGCCCCAGUUAAUAUUAGGGACCCAAAAGCAAUGUAUCAUCUCCUGAGGUUUGCUUCAGCAUACAGUCAGAAUGUUCCUGUCAAUAUCGCAAUGGGCAUGCCAAAGGGUUCUGCUCGAAAUGAUGCAGAGCUAUUGGAUCUCGAGACUAAGCAUCAAGUGUUGUCUAUGUAUUUGUGGUUGUCGCACCACUUUAAGAAGGAAACUUUUCCAUAUGUGAAGAAGGCUGAGACAAUGGCAACGGACAUUGCUGACUUGUUGGGUCAGUCUCUAAUCAAAGCCAACUGGAAACCGGAAUCAAGACAGGCAGGGAAACCAAAGCCUCAACAAAAGGAUGCCUCUCAACCAGGUUAUGAGAGGCCAAGGUCACUUAUCAAAUUAUAUGAGAAGAAAAAGCAUGAAAAGUCUUUACCAAGUAAGAAUACAGAGAGGGCUGCUGCAUAAUGAAAUUGCAGCCACAACACACCUGACGUGUGGACCGGAUUCACUAAACGCACUGGACCGGGUUCACUUACAUGCACGCUCGCAGGCUCUCAGCCCUCACACGUAGAUGAAAUUGUCUCUCCUCUCAGCCCUAAUUCUUGUUCGAGAGUCUUCUCAUUUCGCACCUGCUCUGUUGUCUUCGAUCUCAGUGCAAUCAAGCCAAGCAACAAACCACCGAUCAGAGCCCUCCACACCACGAUGCGAGCCCUCACGAGCAGAUCAGUCCCCAAGCACCCUCGGUCCCUAAGUCAUUCGACGGGAAGUCUCAGUCCCUCAGUCCACCGACGCAUCGCCACCCUUAGUCCACCGACACGAAGCCCUCAGAUCUACGGGAGGGUAAAUAAUCUGUGAUUCUAGGGUUUGGGCAUACAUGAGAUUUUUUUUAUCUUUUUUUUUCUCUGGUUGGGCAUAAAUAAUCUGUGAUUCUAGGGUUUGGGCAUAUGUAUUUGGUAGAUACUAAUGGUGCGGGGCUGUAGAUGUUUCCGAUGUUGCCUCUGAUGGCAUACAUUUCUCUUUUUUCUCUGUGUCAUGCUAGAGCGAUUUCUGCUUCGAUUUUGACUUCAGUUCUCACCCCCGAAGCCCCUAACUCCUUUGCACUGCGAGCAUAUUUCUAAGUUAUACCAUUCAAGCACAGCACAUCACCACAUUGUUUAAUUUCAUUUAGUUGUUUAUAUUGCUCUAUUGUUGCUGAGAAACAAUAGGAAAGGGUAAAUAUAGUAUUCUAUUUCUACUAUGUUAGUUUUUAUCUUGGAGCUUUUUUUAAAAAAAAAUCAGAAAAUGAUCUUAACUUGUCUGAUUCUACAUCUUUUUUUUUUCCUAGUAGAAAUUAU